CCAGUACAUAGUUCACCACAGUCCACUCAACAUCUUCUUAUCUAGUGUACCAGAAGUAUGUGAUAAUCAUACUGUUCUCAGUCAGUGAAAAUACUCGAUAUACCUGUAUCAAAAGUACAUUUAAAACAUUAAACAAGAUCGUUUUCAAAAAGAAUAACUAACAUGGAUAUGGACACAGCAAGGGAAUUGGUACUAACUUUAAAACAAGGUAAUAAGUCACACGCGGGAUAUGGUUUACAAAAAGAAUGCGAAGCACUUGUUGGCCACAUUUUGCAAAACAUGGUCAAAUCUCCGCUACCGACGUUAGUUCCCGAAACGAAAAAUGAAGAAGAUUCUAUCAGAUUCCGGGAAGAGGGAAAUCAACAUUUCGUAAUGGGCGAUGAUAACGAAGCUAUAAAAUGUUACACAAUGAGUUUAGCGUAUGCGAAUGACAAAGAACUAAUGUCCUACGCCCAUGCUAACAGAUCAGCGGCUUUGUAUAGAAAACAAAUGUAUAAACAGUGUUUAAUCGACAUCGAUGCCGCUUUAAAUCUUGGAUAUCCAGAAGAAAAAAGGAAAAACUUGAAGGAGAGGGGCGCUAAGGCGGUUGAAGAAAUUAAAAAAAAAUUGAAGAUUCAAAAGGACGAUCCAAUUGAUACGCAAAAGUUGAUGAGUAUGUGUUUAUCUGAAAAAAUUACCGAUCAGCCUGUAACUGUGAGGUACCGAAACGGAAAUGCUGAAAGUAAGAAAGAAAUAAACAAAGAUGUAAAUGCUAACGGAAAUAAACAAGAGUCAAUUAAUGGCUGCGAUGAACCACCUAUGAGUAACAAAGAAAGAGAACCAAGAUACCUAGCGGACGAAGGUUCUUUAAAGUUAGCUUAUGGCCCCAGUAAAGAAUCUCCUGCUGCUAGCGACGGCGUCAGUAUUUCUUUCUCGGAAAAAUACGGGCGUCAUUUAAGAGCUACUAAAGAGUUUAAGCCAGGGGAUGUAGUUUCUUUUGAAGAUCCGUAUGCUUAUGUCAUGUAUACGCAAAGAUAUUACACGCACUGUCACCAUUGUUUAUCAAGAAGUUACAAUUUAAUUCCAUGCACGAAUUGCCCGAUGGCUCAAUAUUGUUCGGAAAAAUGUAGAACAUUGUCCUGGGAAAUGGCUCAUCAAAUAGAAUGCCCGAUUUUGGCAGUUCUAGGAAAUUUAUUUAAUAUCGACAAAGACAAGGUACGCAUGCUUACCAAAAUUGUUAGAUUUUUGAUCAUGGUGACAGCAAAAGGCGAGAAGAUCGCAGAAUUGCGGGAAGAUAUGAAAGUAGCUGAGAUCAAUCCAGAUGACAGAACUGCUGGAUUUACAGACGAUGGUAUACUGGAUAGUAAUAGCGCACGAUCUGCUCUGAGUCUCGCCACAAAUAUGUCAACAAGACCGCUCAUUGGUCUCAGUGCUUUCGCGUGUAUCUCAGCUCUUGGUGCUAUCCUGUUAGCAACGCAGACUAAUUUCUUCUGCAAGAAAUACGAAGUGGACCAAUUAAAAGACAUUGGCAAUGUUUCUGAUCUCAAAUUCUGUGGCAGUCUCAUGUUUCGCGCCUGUGUUAUAAUGUCUUCCAAUUGUUUCACGGUACAACAAGAACCAGGAGUAAAAACAGGCUCGGGUCUGUACAUACUGCACAGUUUGUAUAAUCAUUCUUGUGCACCAAACACGUUCCGUCACUUCGAAGGAUUGACAAUGAUCACCCGCGCUCUGGAACCAAUAAAUCCUGGGGAUCAAAUAUUCACAGGUUACGGCGCGGCGUAUGCACAUAUGCCACGAUCUGAAAGAAGAGAAAAAAUAAUGCAGGACUACUUCUUUGAAUGCAAUUGUCCCGCUUGCGACUCCGACUGGCCGAUGUACAACGAGAUUCUUCAACACCACGUUGGUUCUAUUUGCAAGAAUAAGGAGCUCGUAGAGAAACUUAAACCUUAUAAACAAAGAUUGGUAAAAAAUAUGUACGACAUAGACGCUGUAAAAUCUGUCCUUGGUAUACUGUACAAAGAAGUGUCCCAGCCGUGCGAAGAAAUCGUACACGCGGAACAAUACCUGAAGAGUUAUUAUUUAGCUUACAUUGCUUCAUGAAAAUAAACAUGUAUUAAUCACUGCGCUGAAAAGAUCCAUGAGAAAGAGGCAUCAACGUUGGCGCCACGUAAAUAAAAGACAUAAAGUAUUCCUAAAACAUUUUAUUGAAGUUAUACAUGAUAUUCAUCUAAAUCCUUCUCUCAUGUAACAUACUUGUAUAGGUAUUAAAAU